GAUGUGUAAUUAAAACAGAUGCAAGUUUAUUUGAUAUAAAACCUACAGUCCGCGAGUAAAAUCCUUGGGCAAUUGCCACACGAGAAGAAGGGAUAAUACGUCAGUUUCAUCAAAUCCCUGAUAAUGACAGAAGAAGCGAACUACGAACUUGUGAUAGAGGACACUGUGAACAGUGGGCUUCACGCUAUGGUGCUGGCUCUCGGGUACAAGGUCGGAAUCGUUGACGCUAUGGAUUGCCUGUCAAAACCUUGUACAGCGGCAGAGAUCAGUGAGGAGGCUAAUUUGAAUUUAAGAUAUGUUGAAGAAUGGCUUAUGUGCAUGUCUGCUAAAUGCAUCAUACAUUAUGAAAACGGGAAAUACAGAAUGCCGACUUCAAAUCGGAUUCGGAAAGCUGUGCAUACCUCCGCUGUUUUGCCAAUGUUUGCAGAUUGCUUCUCAAAACUCGAGACAGCCAUGAAGAAUAAAAACACCAACACAGGGUAUCAAUAUCCGACUAUGGAACUGGAAUGGCUUGGGAAGUACAGUGAAUUAAGCCAUAUUAAUCAAUCGUGGAUUCUGGAUAACAUACAACCAGUAAUAUCUCAGUAUAAAAUGGAAACCAGAAAGUCGCCUACAUGUGUUCUUGACUUUGGUUGUGGUUAUGGAAAACUUGGGAAGGAAUUGGCCGACUGUUGUCCUCAGUUUGACAUAUAUGGCACAGACAUUGACGCAGACGCAAUUCAGUACUGCAAUGCUUCGUCGAUACACCCUAAUAUACAUUUUGCCGUAUUUGAUGAUGACAUUAAAUCUCGCUGGUCGGAAAAAUUUGACAUUGUCAUUUUGAUGGAGGUAUUGCAUGACCUACCAAAUCCUGUUGAAGUUCUCUCGCAAGUAGAUAGUAUUCUAAAACCAAGUGGAUAUAUCGUAGCAUUUGACCCCAAUGUGUCAUCAAACAUGUCCGAAAAUAUUGGUCAAAAGGCUCCGCAGAAUCAUCUACCGUACAGCGUAUUUUUCUGCUUACCGAAUAGUUUGUCGAAAAAGCCUGCCGUGGGACACGGGGCUAGUUGGGGAAUCGAAGACAGAAAACAAUUUCUUACAGACAAUGGAUAUAGCUUCGUACAUAUCGAAGACAAAGACCGAUCUGUAGAUACGCACCAUUACAGGAUUGUUUUCAGAAAGUGAACUAAUGUAUUACGUUUUAAUUUGUACCUGCAAAAUAUAUUUCCCUAAUUAAAUGAUAUACCAAUUCCUUAUUACUUUGCAAUAUACAUGUAUAAUGGAUCACAUAUGUUAAGAUUAUACGGUGCCAAUUUUGAUUCACCAGAUGCGCAUUUCGACAAAUAAUGUCUCUUCAGUGAUGCUCAAACCGAAAUUUUGGAAAUUCAAAAAAACAAUAAAAGGAAAGCUAGAGUGCCAAAAACUGGAGCUAAAUUCGUAUAACUAUACAUUAUUGUAACAUUUUGUAAAACACAUUUUUCUAUUCAAAUGAACUUCUUAUUGAUUAAUAUUUUGCAAUACACUGUAUAUAGUGGAAGGUGACGAUAAGGAACAGUUACACGUAUCAAUCUCAUAAAUCCUAUAUGUAAUACAAAAUAGAUAGUUGGGCAGACACGGACCCCUGAACACACCAGACGUGGGAUCAGGUGCCGUGGAGGAGUAACAUCCCCUGACGACCGCUCACACCCGCCGUGAACCCUGUAUCUUGAUCAGUCAAACGGAGUUAUCCGUAGUCAGGAUUAAUGUGCCAAUCGUCAACAAUCCAAAAGAUUACUUUGUUAAAUACCACUCUGCAUUGAAAUUCUUUGAAGACGAAAACGUAUACAUGAUUUUGUUUUUGGAAACAUGGCUCUUAGGACCUACACGUUUACUGUUAUUUCGGAUUUCAAAAAUUUCGGUUGAGCAUCACUGAAGAGACAUUAUUUGUCGAAAUGUGCAUCUGCGCCCCUAUUCACAAAACAUCUUACGACUAAGCUGAAAAAAUAAUCCCGUCUGAUAACCAAAUCCGAUCAGAAGGCCAUAAGUAUGUAUUAAAGUUUUAUAAGCCAUGGAUGUACUUUACAUAUUUAUUGAGAAAAUCUACAAGAAAUGAAAAAUAAGAAAAUUACAGUGUUCAUAAAUUUUUAUCUUAGUCGUAGGAUAUUUUGUGAAUGGGUGCCCUGGUGCAUUAAAAUUGGUCCCGUAUAAGCUUUACAUGUUCAAUAAAUGUUAUCUAUA